AUGCCUGUGGUGAAUGUCGACCAGCUGGUCCGCCUGCAGCGGAAGCCAGAGGACAUAAGAAAUAUCUGCAUUCUAGCCCACGUCGACCACGGCAAGACGUCUUUGACUGAUAGUCUCAUUGCCACCAAUGGUAUUAUCUCACCCAAACUGGCGGGCAAGAUCCGCUACCUGGACUCUCGUCCAGAUGAACAGCUUCGAGGUAUUACGAUGGAAUCUUCGGCCAUCUCAUUAUUCUUCUCUAUGCUGCGCCGACCAAGCCCAGAAGCCGCGCCAGUCCCCAAGGAAUAUCUGAUUAAUCUGAUCGAUUCGCCCGGACAUAUCGAUUUCAGCAGCGAAGUUUCAACAGCCUCCCGUCUUUGCGAUGGAGCUGUCGUUCUUGUUGAUGCAGUUGAGGGUGUCUGCAGUCAGACUGUAACUGUGCUGCGACAGACCUGGGUUGAACAAUUGAAGCCGAUCCUUGUUGUCAACAAGAUGGAUCGCUUAAUCACUGAACUAAAAAUGAGCCCUGCUGAGGCGUUCUCGCAUUUGAGUCGUCUUCUUGAACAGGUCAAUGCCGUCAUUGGAAGUUUCUACCAGGGCGAGCGCAUGGAGGAUGAUUUGCAGUGGCGCGAACGUAUGGAAGAUCGCAUUAACACUACCUCUCGUGAUUCGGACCGAAAGAAACAGUCGGCAGACGACGAAUCAGCAUCGGUGAUCACAGAGGCCACAGAGGCCACAGAAUUCGAGGAGCGUGAUGACGAAGAUCUCUACUUUGCUCCCGAGAAGAAUAAUGUCAUUUUCUGCAGUGCUGUCGAUGGCUGGGCUUUCACAAUCCGACAGUUUGCUACGAUCUAUGAAAAGAAGCUUGGCAUCAAACGCACAGUUCUGGAGAAAGUUCUCUGGGGUGAUUAUUACUUGGAUCCUAAGACUAAGCGUGUUUUGGGAGUGAAGCAUUUGAAGGGUCGAGCUUUAAAGCCUAUGUUUGUUCAAUUGGUCUUGGACAGCAUCUGGGCAGCAUAUGCAGCCACCACAGGUGGAGAUAAAGGCAAAGGAGACCCAGUGUUGCUGGAAAAGAUCACUAAAUCCCUCAACAUUAAUAUCCCGCCUUAUAUUCUUCGCUCUCGCGAUCCGAAGAACAUUAUGACUACCUUAUUCUCUCAAUGGCUACCUCUAUCCACUGCUCUGCUGGUGUCCGUCAUUGAGUAUCUUCCCAGUCCACCUGCCGCUCAAACUGCACGACUACCAGAGAUGAUCAAGACCUCUCCCGGGUCUGCUUUCAUCUCCGAAGAUAUCAAGAAGGCCAUGGUUGAGUUUAAGACCGGCCCUGAAGAGCCUGUUGUGGCGUACGUCAGCAAAAUGGUUGCGAUUCCAGAGAGUGAACUCAUGGCGAGCAAAAAGCGCAGUGGAGGUGCCAUGACCGCGGCCGAAGCUAUGGAGCUCGCCCGCAAAAAGAGAGAGGAAAUUGCAAAGAUGCAGGCCGAGGCUAAGGAAGGACAGACCGAUGACUUCGAGCGCAUGACAUCAGCCUUCGAGAACACCAACUUGAUCACCGAGACAGAUGAUGAAGAAGUUCAGGCGGGUGAGAAGGAGGAAGAUCCUGAUCACCUCAUUGGCUUUGCUCGACUUUACUCGGGCACCAUCUCUGUCGGAGACGAGAUCUAUGUGCUUCCUCCCAAGUUCUCACCGGCCAACCCCCAUGCCAACCCCGAGCCCAAGAAGGUCACAGUCACAGACUUGUACUUGCUCAUGGGCAGAGCUCUCGAGCCUCUCCAGUCAGUCCCAGCUGGUGUAGUAUUCGGUAUUGGAGGUCUUGCAGGUUACGUACUCAAAACAGGCACGCUCUGUAGCCAAAUCGAGGGCAGCAUCAACUUGGCUGGUGUCUCUUUGAGCACGCCACCCAUUGUCCGAGUGGCAUUGGAGCCGAUGAACCCAGCUGAUCUUGGCAAGAUGGUCACUGGUCUACGUCUACUCGAGCAGAGUGAUCCAUGUGCACAGUACGAACAGCUCCCCAGUGGCGAGCACGUUAUUUUGACGGCUGGCGAACUUCAUCUGGAGCGCUGUGUCACAGAUCUUCGCGAGAGAUUCGCCCGCUGCGAAAUUCAAACUGGUGAGGCCAUCGUGCCGUACCGUGAAACAAUCGUCCAUGGCCCUGAGAUGGCUGCGCCCAAGAACCCAGACCUGGGUCGUGGAGCUGUCCUGUCUGUUUCCGCCUCUAAGCAGAUGACCCUUCGUUUGCGUGUAGUGCCGAUUCCUGAAGCCGUGACGGAAUUCCUUACCAAGCAAGUCGGAACCAUCAAGCAGCUCCAACUAGAGAAGCGGUCUGAAUCCGAAGGAAAGACAGACGCCGAAAAGGAAGCCGAAGCCGUCGUCGACGGAACUGGUGAGGCGCCCGAGGGUCAAAUCCUUUCCAAGCAAGAGUUCCGCGAAGGACUAGACAGGGUCUUCAACGACGAAGUCAAAGAAGACAAGGAACUUUGGAAGAACGUCGUCGACCGAAUCACUGCGUUCGGCCCCCGCAGAGUCGGCCCCAACAUCCUCGUCGACGCAACAGCUGUGAACACCUGUGAUAAAUUCUUGGCCGACGACAUCAAGCAACAGAUCGCCGGAGACAAUCACCAAGCUCUACUCGUGCGCGACUUCUGCGAUAAAAUCGCCUAUGCCUUCCAACUCGCCACAGGCCAAGGCCCUCUCUGCCAAGAGCCCAUGCAAGGCGUAGCCGUCUUCCUCGAAGAGCUUUCCGUCCAAUCCAACGCAGGCGAUGAACUCGACAUGGGUCGUCUGACCGGUGAAUCCAUCCGACUCGUCCGCGAAGGCAUAUCCGCCGGAUUCCUAGACUGGAGCCCCCGUAUCAUGCUCGCCAUGUACAGUUGUGAGAUCCAAGCCACAACCGAGGUUCUAGGUCGCGUUUACGGAGUGAUUACCCGUCGCCGAGGCCGCAUUCUCUCCGAAGUGAUGAAGGAAGGAACUCCUUUCUUCACUAUCUUGGCUCUUCUGCCUGUGGCUGAAUCCUUUGGGUUUGCUGAAGAAAUUCGCAAGCGGACUUCUGGUGUUGCGCAGCCGCAGCUUAUCUUUGCAGGCUUUGAGGCGCUUGAUGAGGAUCCUUUCUGGGUUCCUGCUACUGAGGAGGAGUUGGAGGAUCUGGGUGAGCUUGCUGAUAAGGAGAAUGUUGCGAAGAGGUAUAUGGAUGCUGUCAGGACUCGGAAGGGCUUGGUUGUGCAGGGAAGGAAGUUGAUUGAUGCUGAGAAGCAGAAGACGCUGAAAAAAUGA